AUGUUUAUAAAUAAUACUGCUCAAAUCAAAAAGGCGCUUCUGCCAAAUGAUCUAAGCAUGAAACCAAUGGUAUUUGCUGCUAUGCCGAAUAAAUCUCGUCAGUUAUACGAACAAUUACUACGUUCAUUAGUUUCAUAUGCUGAAAGUUUAGAUGUAAAAUUAGAGCCAAAAUCAAUCCUCAUAGAUUUUGAACAAGGUGCUGUCCAAGCAUUUCAAACUGUUUUUCCAGGGAUUCAGGUUACACUAUGCCAUUUUCAUUUUGGGCAAAAUAUAUGGAAAAGAAUUAAGAAAUAUGGUAUGUCGUUAGAAAGUUGUAUCUUUCUUUCUGUUCUACGUUUUCUUUAUUUCCUCAGGCUUAGUUAAACUUUUUAAAGAUGAACAAGCG